CACUCUCACAGUACACGCCACUCAAGUCACAGCUGCAUAGAGGGACCAAACCAAUUAACCUACAGGACAUGUCAUCAAACGGAUAAAGGAGUGAAACAACGACGGUACAUCGAUGGAAAAGAAACUAAGGAGAAAUAUGACGAGGACAGGCAUAAACUAACCUAACACACACACCAACGAGUUGACGUUUGGCUAACUUAAAGUUAGAGACGUGCUGAGUGUUACCUUGUUUCACUGACUACCUACGCUAGCAGACACGAAGAGAAGAGACGUUUGCUUAUGAAAUGUGAAGCACAGCAAGUGCAGAAGUACUCCAAAUGACAUGGAUAUGGACCACUUCAGAUUCAUUCAAACUGAGGAGGACUUCAGCUGCUAAAGGGAGACAGAGCGACGUGCAGCAGGAUUAAUACAUGAAACGAUAAGAAUCAGCACACAGCAUUAGGCUCUUUUGUUGCUGUUAAUCACUGGAGCUGGAACGUGAGAGAUUUUGAAGGAGACGAGGAUGAGGAAAUGGAAAAACAACGAAACAGAACAAAAUGAAUCCUGAAGAAGAUGAGGCGGAAAGGGAAGAGGGACUGCGUUGUCCUAUGGGAGGUGAAGAUGACACUGAAGAUGAAGCUCGCUGUGUUUGCUACACUCCUGGUGGUUCUGCCAUUCCAGGCAGAAGCAGCUUCAUGUGUCGGUAAAACGGUAGACGUGUGGGUGAUAAAAGGACAUGAUCUUACCGGAGACGGACUUCAGCACCCAGACCCCUAUGUUAAGAUAAACAUCGGUGAGGUCACCAAACAAACCAGAAUCAUUUAUUCAAAUGCUUACCCGAUCUGGUACCAGAGGUUACGUUUCUUUGAAGCCUCAAGCAGCAUAAUGAGAAUCGAAAUCUGGGAGGCUGACCGGUUCACAAAUGACGACCACUUGGGAACCUGCAUUGAAGAAAUGGACUCAGAUGGAGUUCAGUGGAGUCCAGUGAUUUGCAGGGCAAAGGACCAAGGAUACGUCAAGCUCUUCUACAAGUGUUACUAAGUGUAACCUGCUCUUUGAGAAGAUGCAAAGAAGAGACACUUUCUCUUUGAAAUUGUGGGUAGUAGAGAAAAAAAUAACUCCUUAUGGUUAUGAUUAGUUAGUAUUUUCUGCAAAUUUGUGGUUUCCCUAAAUGUCCUUGUGAGCUUGAUCUUAGCUGCUUUGAAAGUAUAUAUUGAAAUGCUUCAGUGUACUAAAAGCUUAGAUAUGACUUUCUAUUUGAAAGUUCUUCAACGGAUAUAUAUAUAUCACAAAUCUAUCCACGUCAAAGCUGUUUUUCUCUUCUGUUGGCUUUAUGUAAACUGAAACUGCUCAGUAUCUUCUC